AUGGCUCCCGACAAAACAGAAACUCAGGCAUUCAUACCGACUAAAGUUGUAGAUUGUUCGUUUCAGGAUAUGUGUGCCAUCACGUCUAUAAUCACCAUCAUCACCCUCUUCACAAUAGCAGGUAUAAUUGUCGGAGCUUUUUCUGCAACGAAUAACGAUAGAUGUGCAAAAGUUCUACCCUUUCAGGACACUCAAACAUUUGUAUUUCAAUUUAAUGCAUCUACCAUUAAUAACAUGUACAUCGGAGGCGAUGUAAAAACAACUAUUUAUUUUGAUGCAUCUCUCACAAAUAGGAUUGAAGUGUUUGUAAAUAGAUCUUCUUUACUAGAACAAACCUAUGCGAAUAUCAAUACCACAAUAUACAGUGCAGUAGAAAAUGGAACCAAUGUACUGCGAAUUAACACAACAAUUCCGACUACAGAUUUUACAAAUUGUUACUAUGCCUCAAGAAUCAUCAGAUUGCCUGCAAUUCUUGCCACAAUCAGCGCUCAAGUCAGAAAUUAUGGAAACGAUUUAAUUUUAAUGCCAGAUCCAAAUACAAAUCCCUCAACAAAUCUUAGACUCAAAGCUUUGACCAUUAUGUCAGGAACUAACCUUGUGAAUAUUACCCAAGUUCAAUCAGGUCAAAUAUAUUUGAGCGGAAGAAAAGGGCAGGUAUAUCUUUCGAAAUUAUUUGGAGCUGCUUUAAUUGUGUCGACAUCUGGUGAUAUUACUUAUUCAGAUCUCACUUCUGCUGUAGCAUUGAGUUUGUACACCACAAAAGGUACUCUUCAAGGCAGUGGUAUUGCUAGCGUGGCAAAUGGAACUGUCACUCUCAUUGCUAUCAAGAAGAAACAAACUCACCAAGGAAUUAAGGGAGCUAAAGUUGUUGAAAUUGGUACUGAGGAUGGAGAAAUAGAAGCUUCAUUCAACAAUAAUGACUUCCAAGGUGAACUUCAAAUUCAAGCAUCAAAUCUUGACGAGUCAACAAUUCGCUCCACCUAUUAUCCUGUUGUUAAAUACUCAUCUGUAGACUCAAGGAAACAAUAUCCAGCAGAUUUUGGAGGUAAUGCAGCUGAGACUUUCACUCCCAACUAUGCUGGAACAAUUGGUGACCCAUCUUUUUCCUCGACACGUCUUAUGAAAAUUAGAGUGAAGAAAUCUGGAAGGUUAUUGAGAUUGAAUGUCUAA